CAAAAAAGCUGAACAACUAGGAGAAGGUUAACGAAGGCAAGACACAGAGAAAGGAAGAGAUAGAAUACUAUUUUAUAUCAGAAAGCAAAAAGGUGAUACAAUUCAUAAAGUAGAAUAUUGACCAUACAAUUUAUGGUCACCUGUUUGGGACAAUGAAAGCAAAAAUGUACAAUUAGGAUUCAUCACAUGAUGACCAACUCUCUCUGGAAUUUUCUUUACAGCUUCAAGAAACUUGAAGAAAUCGGCUAAUCCUUUGGAUUUAGGUCUUCAACAUUUUUUUGGAUGUUCUGAUUAAUAUUUUCGUUAUGGUUAUGGUCUGUGGUGAUACUUUUUGGCACUGGAUAGAAUUCCAAAAUUUGGGUCUUUGCAUUCUUUAAGAUUUCUUUGUAACUUUGGAAUCUGUCUGUGACCUUUAGGAUCUACAAUUUGGUGAUGUUCCUCUGAGUCUUCUUUGAAAUUAUGUGGAUUUAAUAGACCAAUAGUCUACUGGAACGUGGGAGAAGGAAACUUGGAGUUAUUAAAAUCUACACAGAAGAUAAUGACUUUAGUUUUUCCCAUUUUGUUCCUUGUUUCAUGUCUUUCAGUGCUAAUAGGAGCUGUCCUUGAUGUCACAUUGGUGUCAGUAGCCAAUGCCAACCGUGGAGGAGACUUUCGUUUGUGGUGUGUGACAGGAGAGCGAGACAUGAGGGGCUCUGACCUGCGGAUAGAAAGGGAUAACAACAUUGUACGCACUACAUCAAAGAAACGAUUCAAAACCAAAACUUCAGAGAAGGAUGUGCAAGCCACUGACUUCUCGUCCAAUGAACUUGUAGGGGUCUUCUACUGCCGGGGAAAAGCUUCUUCAGAAAUUACACAAAUUCUCUAUGUGUAUAACAGUCCAAAUGCUCAUCUAUAUCCAGUCCAAGUGACAGUGACCGUUAGUGUCAAACAGAAUGCACAGCUGAAGGCGAAGAUAUUACAUUCUAAACAAAGUGACAUUAUGUGGAAAUCCAACGGUACCUUUUACCAAACAACUUACAAGGAGGAUAUGUCUGAUGAUAUUGCUCGACUGUAUUUCGAAGAUGUCAAAGUGAAUAACGCAGGAGUAUAUAGUGCAGGCUUUAUGGACUCCAGCCCUCUGUUCAAUGCCUUCUUCAGACUCAUUGUCAGAGGGUGUCCAGACAAGAAGUGGGGACCAUCAUGUCAGAAGGAUUGCCUUGAUUGUCUCAAUGGUGGGAUAUGUCACGACAUCAGCGGAGAGUGUAUUUGUGCUCCUGGGUUUAUGGGAACUCGCUGUGAAAAAGCUUGCAGAGAAGGAAAUUUUGGCAGAAACUGCCAGGAGACAUGUAAAAAAGAACAUGGCUGCAAGGGUUGGACUUUCUGCCUUCCAGACCCAUAUGGCUGUUCAUGUGGCAGUGGCUGGACUGGGCCGGAUUGCCAAACAGCUUGUCCCUCCGGCACAUAUGGAGCAAACUGUGCACUUCAGUGUGAAUGUGAAAGUGGCGGCUCGUGUAAUAGGUUUAGUGGCUGUGUGUGCCCCUCGGGAUGGCAUGGGCAGCACUGUGAAAAGUCAGAUAAAAUUCCUCAGAUCACAGAUCUCCUGUCAGAGGUUGAAUUUAACCUGAAUUCUACAGCGACGCUGCGGUGCGCAGCAUCUGGUAAUCCUCAGCCCAUCAUGGAGAGCAUUGUGCUGCGCCGGCCUGACGGGUCUGUUAUCACAGCCAGUAAGGCAGUGCUGGACCGAGAACAAAGCACGUGUGAGUUUACAGUGCCCUCCCUGAGCCUUGCGGACAAUGGUCUGUGGGAAUGUCGCGUUUCCACCAGUGGGGGUCAGGACACUCGCAAAUUCCAAGUUCACGUUAAAGUGCCCCCAGUCCCUCUGGAUCCACCAGUUUUGCUGAGCAGACACAGUCGACAUUUGAUUCUUUCUCCGCUGCGCCACUUUUCCGGGGAUGGCCCCAUCACGUCAAUCAAAUUGCUUUACCAACCGUCAGUGGGAAACUCCGACUGGUCCUCUAUCAUAGUUGAACAGAAAGACAACAUCACUCUGAUGAACUUGAAGCCUCUCACAUCUUACCUGGUCCAAGUGCAGCUGAGCCGGCCAGGUCCUGGUGGGGAAGGGCAAUUGGGACCCUUGGCCAUUAUGAAGACGGACUGUCAAGAGCCAGUAGUGAAACCAGUCAUCAACAGUUACUCGGUAGAAGACAGGAACAGCCUUUAUGUCAACUGGUACCUUCCUCCUGGUCCCUUUAUUGGAAGUGGGUUCUUGGUGCAAAUUUAUCAUCCAGAAAACAAUCUUAUUAAUCAAGAAAAUAUCACCUCUGUGCAUGUGAUGUCUACGAGGAUUCCUGGCUUGAGCACUAAUAAAGAAUAUACACUCAGGGUUAUCCUAUACCAUUGCUCAUCUCUGGGUCCUCGGUCUGAUCCAUACAAAGUUAGAAUCAAUAGCAAGGGACCGUCACCUCCAAAGGAUGUCCGAGCUGAACCUCUCUCUAGGGACAGUGUGAGGAUAAAUUGGCUGCCUCCUGAUGACCCCAAUGGAGGAAUCAUUAAAUAUACAGUUGAGAGCCGACGAGUAGACUUCCCCGGGGAACAGCAAUGGGCAGAUACGGAGAACCAAAACCAAACAGGCCAUGUGAUAAGUGGCUUAAAUGCCAGUACUAUGUACAAGUUCCGUGUGCGCGCAAACUCUAGAGUGCCUGGAGAAUGGAGCCAACCUGUGACCGCAGCAACUUAUAGCGAGGAGCUACAAAGCAUGGUCCCCAGCAUGGAGAGCCGUAAUCCUCGUACUUCAGGGGCGGGUCACCAGCUCAUCCUGGCUAUUAUUGGUUCAGUGUCAGUCACAUGUUUCACCAUUAUUGUUGCACUACUCGCUCUCUUCUGUAUAAAAAAGAACUUCUUUCAUCGCAGACGAAUGUUCACAUACCAGUCUGGAUCUGGUGAAGAAACCAUCUUGCAGUUUAAUUCUGGGACCCUUACGCUCACCCGUCGUCCGCGUCCUCAGACAGAGCCACUUUCAUACCCUAUUCUAGAGUGGGAUGAUAUAAAGUUUGAGGAUGUGAUUGGAGAAGGGAACUUUGGUCAAGUCAUCAAAGCCAUAAUUAAGAAAGAUGGAAUGAAAAUGAAUGCGGCUAUCAAGAUGCUAAAAGAGUUUGCAUCUGAGAACGAUCACAGGGACUUUGCCGGGGAGUUGGAGGUCUUGUGCAAAUUAGGUCACCACCCUAAUAUUAUAAACCUCCUUGGAGCCUGUGAGAACAGAGGAUACCUGUACAUUGCCAUUGAGUACGCACCUUAUGGGAACCUACUUGACUUCCUAAGGAAAAGCCGAGUUCUCGAGACAGAUCCUGCAUUUGCCAAGGAACAUGGAAAAGCCUCAACAUUAACCUCACAGCAGCUGCUACAGUUUGCUUCAGAUGUGGCCAAAGGAAUGCAGUACCUCAGUGAGAAGCAGUUUAUUCACAGGGACUUGGCCGCACGGAAUGUUCUGGUUGGGGAAAAUUUAGUUGCAAAGAUUGCUGACUUCGGUCUUUCUCGGGGAGAGGAGGUUUACGUAAAGAAAACCAUGGGACGUCUGCCAGUGCGCUGGAUGGCUAUUGAAUCCCUAAACUACAGUGUUUAUACCACAAAGAGUGAUGUUUGGUCGUUUGGUGUUCUGCUCUGGGAGAUCGUAAGUUUAGGUGGGACUCCGUAUUGUGGAAUGACUUGCGCUGAGCUGUAUGAGAAUCUUCCACAGGGAUACAGAAUGGAAAAACCAAGGAACUGUGAUGAUGAAGUGUAUGAUCUAAUGAGGCAGUGCUGGCGAGACCGACCCUAUGAGAGACCCCCAUUCACUCAGAUAUCACUGCAGCUUGAACGCAUGUUAGAGGCAAGAAAGGCAUACGUGAAUAUGGCGCUGUUUGAGAACUUCACAUAUGCUGGAAUUGAUGCCACAGCAGAAGAAGCAUAACGGAUGGACAGAUCGUGUUCUGUGUGUCAUAGAACCUAUAAUACGUGAAAACUAUAACUGGAUUUAUGGACUAAAGCACAAAAAAGCUAUUGAGAGACUCACAUAUCUCUAAUGUUGUGCUUUACACUGUGUAGUGUCCUUUACAAUAUGUGCAAUGAAUAUGUAGCAUCCUGCCCCAUAGCUCCUUUUGUUUUAUACAUUUAAACAAGUAAAGUGUGUGUGUAUGGCUGUAAGUGACUGAUAAGCAUGUGUGAUUAUCCAGCAUAAGACUGCCGCAAAACCUGCAUGUUGUAAAAAGUAUAUAUAGUUCCCUUUUGUUUUUCUUGUACAGUUUUGUUCCACUACAAGCUUCAAGAAGACCAGCAAUGGCAAACUUGAGCAUACUUCCCAAUAUUGACAGCUAAGCUAUCAGGACCUGGAGGCUCAGGACAAACGCUGGUGUUCUGACAAGUCAGAAUGGUGUUUGGCAAAGACAGUCUGGAGACAUGGCUGUAUAGACUAGGGUGGAGUUAAGGUGACGGUGUAGUGUCUGGUAUUUGUGGCCUGGGUUCAAGAAUUCCACAGUUUCACUUUGAGAAAUAAAUAGAUCAGAAUGUUGGAAAAGCAAUAGGACUGAGCUUCCAAACUGUGACAACGACACAAAAUGUCAGACAAUUGUAUGCGCUAGGUCAUUGCAUGCAAAGGCCCCACUGGGAGCUCACAAGGAGUUGUCCGAACUUUAAUAGUUUAUCUUUGUGAUUAAGAUGAAAUAUAACCAGCAACCAAGCAAGCUGUAGAAAAUGUCUGUUCUGCUUCUAUCAGCGUAUCUUCACGCCAACCAUGUAAAUAUGUGUAUCCACAAACAUAUAGUGGUAGUGUAUGCAAGGGAAUUUAAGUUUAUGUCUGACUGCAGGUUAUAUUGUUCCCUUAGGCAACAAAGACAGCUGCCUAUGGGUGCCUUGUCAGAGUGUACACUCAUGGAUACUCCCUAACAUCUACAUUCUUCUUCAUAUGAGCUUAGCUGCCUGGCACAGCCAAUCAGAACUGCACUGGAUAAAUUGAAGGAUAUUUGUAAGCAGAUAUGUGUUUGUGGGUAGGCAGCAGUGCUAAAUUCACUGGGCACACAUUGGUUGCAAAAUCACUGAGAGUGUAAUUGGCUUAUGCAGUGAUAUAUAAAUUAAGCUCAGGACUAACCACCUUUGUUUAACAAAACAUUUAAAUAAUUCAUAUAGUUGUAUAUAGUCCCAUUUGUAUUCUCAGAAGAUUCUCAUUAGGCACUAAUUUGAUCAGUAACAUGGUGCCUGGGUUCAAAAACUGUUCUGCAUCACUGAUCUAGACCUAUCAUAGUGCUGAGCAUUAUGUGCUAAUAAAGUAUAUUUCUCUUUGUA